AUGCCGAAGACACCUGAGAGGACGAAACGUUCUGCUGAAGUUGCACUUUCACCCAAUCUUAAGUCAAAAGUCAUAAAACAAAAGGUAACUAAACAGGGUACUGAAUCAUCGAGGAAAAGAAAAAGAAAAUAUCAAUUUGCUCCGGUAGAUAAUUUAGAUUCAAAAUCUGCACCUCCAUCUGCAGUUCUCAAAUCAAUACCUGUAUCGCAGGUUCGAAAUACUAUUAGGACUAAGAGGAAAGUUAAGACUGAUGUCUCGAUAGAAAAGGUUCCUGUUGUUUCCAAAAUCAAAGAGGAAAAUGAAUCUGAUAAAAUAAAGAAGACACCUACAAUUGAUGAUAAUGGAAGUUACAAAAAUGGAAAGAGUCCGGCAGAACAAGUAAUUUGGAAGUAUAGUCCGGCAAUCAAGCAUAAACCAGAUGAUUUUAGAUCUUCACCGUCAAAACUUGAUGAUCCCCCAUUAAUGGAUAAUAACCAAGAUCCAUCUUCUACUCCAAUCAUUGCUAAUAAAUGGAAAACUAUUCUAAAUUUCAAUAAUAUGAAGAAAGAUGACAAUGUUGGAAUGAGACUAGACUCGCCUCUUGAGAGAGAGAAGGGCUCACCAAAAGGAAAUACAGUCAAGGAUUCGUUAAGGGGUACUUUAAGAGAUAUUGAUGACAUUCUUGGUGACAUUGAAGGUGAUCUUUCCUUAAAGCCGAACAUGUCCCGGAUAAAAGAUGAACUACCCUCUUCACCAAGUGGGGUACCAACGAAUUCAAUAUACUGUACCACCAAGAAAACACUCGGAGAAGAUAACGAUUCUUUAAAUGAGGGUGACGACUCCUUGAUUGAUAUAUUGACGCAACAUUAUACCCAAAAGUUAGGGACACAUACACCGAUAGCUACUGGCAAAGGAAACAACGCUGAUUUAGAACCGUUGGGUAAUCUUGCAGAAGAGAUAAUAGAGGAAAAGAAAUCUGCAGAAAACACAGAUAUACCCAACGGCAAGGAUACAAGUAAUGAUGCUGAUUUUUCCGAUUCUUUGUUGGAUUUGAUGGAAAACUCAGAUGGUAUGGACGGAAAUGUUGAACCUGAAUCAGAAGUAAGAAUAUUAGGAGAUCAAAUCAGUAAAAAUCUGAAGGUAAAAUCAGACACUCCAGACCAAAAUAUGUCAGAAUAUGUGAAAUUGGCGCAGGCAGCAGUCGAAAGAAAAGGCGUUACAAGAUUAGUUAUCCUUGAAGUACGUGAGCUUACAUUACCAAGAAUAGGCAUUCAAAAAAUAUUAAGCUGCAUUAACUCCCAACGUGAAAAAAGUUCAGUGAUAAUACGACGUCCAUGGUCGUAUUUGGAAUAUGAUGUAGGAGAUGUCAUUCACAUCAUUGAAGGUAAAAAUAUAGAGAAUAAACGACUGUUAUCAGAUGAUAUAAAUCCCAAAACACAGUUAGCUAAUGAUAAUUUACUAAUACUCAAUCCUGAUUUACUGUUUUCAGCCACAUCGAUAGGCGGUUCCAUCGACUGUCUACGGCGAUCUGUUAUUCAAGCAUCUUUUAACGACCCCAGGGGAGAACCGAGUAUAGCAAUGACAAUUGGUAAUAUAGUACAUGAAUUAUUACAAGAUUCGUUUAGGUAUAUGAUGUCCCAUGAGUUACUUACCAUAGAGUACCUCGAUGAAAGGUUAGAUUUUUUGUUAGAGUCUUUUAAGUUUGACAUUAUGGUGUGCAACGAAAGUUUAGCAGAUGUAAAAGAACAGAUUGUUAAAGAUCAUGCGGAGAAUAUAUUACAAUUUGUAAACCACUUUGUUCAAAAGAGUAACUAUGGAUGUUACGUGUCUGUUUCUGGCCUCAAAAAGACCCAACCACUUUCGAUCUCGGAUGUCAUUGAUAUUGAAGAAAAUAUAUGGUCAUCAACUUAUGGAUUAAAAGGGUAUCUAGAUUUAACUGUUGAAGCAAAUACUGAAAAUAUAAAGUGUAUUGCACCAUUGGAAGUUAAGACAGGAAAAUAUAGAGGACUUUCUCAUGAAGCACAGGGUUUAAUUUACACUUUAUUGUUGAAUGAUAAGUAUGAUUUACCAGUAGAUUUUUUCUUAUUGUAUUAUACAAGGGAUAAAUCAAUGACGAAAUUUCCGAAAAUAUUACAUUCUAUUAAGCAUAUUUUAAUGUUAAGAAAUCAAAUGGCGACAACGUUUAAACACCAGUUGAAAGAAAUAACUAAUCGGGAACGCUUAGAAUAUAAGCUGCCUCCAUUAGCUGGAGCUUCACUUUGUGAAAAUUGCAAUACGAAGGACAUGUGUAUGGUUUUGAACAAAUUGGCAGAAAAUGGAAAUGCAGAAGACAGCAAAUUACGAAAGGGAGAAUACGAAUUAUUAACUAACCAUUUGCUUACCAAUUUAGAAAAGAAUAGGAACUUUUUUCUCAAAUUCAAUGAUUUAAUUACAAAGGAGGAAUCAAGCGUCUGUAGCAUCAAUGCGGAGCUAUUUCUGUUUGAUAGUAAAACCAGAGAAUCAUUAAAUGGUCGCUGUCUAUCGAACCUUAUAGUUGAUGAUAUUCAAGGUAGUUCGCAACAGUGUGGUAAAUAUACUUAUUCUUUCAAGAGACAAAAUCAAGAUGAAACGUUAUCAAUGUUACAUUCACAAAUUGGUAUCAAUGAUUACGUAAUAAUCAGUGAUGAAAAUGGUCAUUUUUCUUUAUGUCAGGGGUUGGUCACUAAAAUUUCGAGCGACUCUAUUACUGUGGCUAUAAAUAGAAAACUCUUGAAUAAUAAAAUUACUUUGGAUAAUGGUAAUCGUACAUCUAUUCAAAGUGUAAUUAAGCCUCAAUUUAAUUUAACGGAGAUAAUGGCUACUCAAAAUUUAGUAACGUACAGAAUUGAUAAAAAUGAUAUUCAACAAAAUUUAUCAUCGUCUAGAUUUAAUAUUUUAAAUUUAUUUUUGCCCAGUGUUCAACCUGGUGAGUUACUUGUUGAUGAGAAAACGGGGAAAUCCAAAUUGACGAAACGAUCUGAUGGUGGAGAUGAAAGAAUGAGACGAUUCAUUGUUGACAAUGAAUCUCCUACAUUUGUACCCAAAGAUAAACCUCCAUUAAUUUCAUAUACCAUUCCAGAAGAUUCUUCAUUCAAUGAGAAUCAAAUAGAAGCCAUCGAUAGAGUUAUGCGAGCCAAUGAUUAUGCGUUGAUUCUCGGUAUGCCCGGAUCUGGUAAGACGACGGUGAUUUCAGAGUUGAUAAAAAUGUUAGUUGCCGAUAAUAAAUCCGUUCUUCUUACUUCAUAUACACAUUCUGCUGUGGAUAAUAUUUUAUUGAAAUUGAAAGAUGUUGAAUUUGAUAUAAUUAGAUUAGGUUCCAAACGUAGAGUUCAUCCUGAUACGCAACGAUAUUUACCUAAAUAUGAUUCUCUUAACACAUAUGAAGAAUUAUUAGAAACAAUAAAUGGUGUUUCGGUUGUAGCUACGACAUGUUUAAGUCUUCGUGAUAUUAUGUUUAAUUUAAGAUCGAAAGAUUUCGAUUAUGUUAUCUUAGAUGAAGCUAGUCAAAUUUCGAUACCUGUAGCGCUUGGUCCCUUAAGAUUUGGAAUAAAAUUUGUCAUGGUCGGUGAUCAUUAUCAAUUACCACCUUUAGUGAAGAACGAGGCUGCCAGAUCAGGAGGAUUAGAAGAAUCAUUAUUUAAGUAUUUUUGUGAAAGACAACCAGAUAGUGUGGUGGAGUUGACAUAUCAAUAUAGAAUGUGUGAAGAUAUUGUUAUGUUAUCUAAUUAUUUAAUUUACGAGAAUAAAUUAAAGUGUGGUACAGAACAAGUUAAGAAUCAAAGUUUACAUAUUCCACAUCUUGAGAAUUUAGGGCAGUACAGAAAGGCUGAUGCAGACCAAGAUUGGUUAAUGGAUGUUCUUGAUCCUCAAAGGAAAGUUAUAUUCAUGAAUUAUGAUAAAUGUGUUGAGAUUACAGAACAAGCCAAUAAUGAUACCAUAACGAAUGUAGGGGAAGCAGAGUUAACAAGACAAUGUGUGAAAGGUAUACUUACUUCGGGGGUUUCCAGUGAUAAGGUAGGUGUAAUGACGUUAUAUCGAGCUCAACUAAAAUUAUUGAAGAAAGUUUUGGGGUCGGCAGCAUAUGAUGGCUUAGAGAUCCUGACUGCAGAUCAAUUCCAAGGACGUGAUAAGGAUUGUAUUAUAAUUUCCAUGGUACGGAGUAAUGCUCAUUUGAAUGGGGGAUCGUUAUUAAAAGAAUUAAGACGUGUUAAUGUUGCUAUGACGAGAGCGAAAUCAAAAUUAAUAAUAAUUGGUUCUCAAAAGACAAUUAGUAGUAUUCCAGAAAUUAAGGGGUUUAUGAAUCUAUUGCAAGAACGUAAUUGGAUAUAUGAUUUAUCAACGAACUGUCUUGAAUGCUAUGAUUUUCCCCAAAACGUAGACAGCCAAUUUUCCGAUUCAGCCUUAAGAGUUGGCGACAAUGAUGUACCCAAGAAGGGUGCUAAAAAUAUAACUGCAGAAUCACUAAUCGUUAAGAAUAAACCGAUUACAAAACAAACGUUAACUGAAAUGUGA